CCAGACAGUGACAUUUCUGCUGAGAUCUGGCUGUUGCUUCUAGCUUGAAGAACAAGUGACAUUGGCUCACCAUGAGUGCGAUGCUGGAGACGCCGGAGCUGCCGGCGGUGUUCGAUGGGGUGAAGCUGGCUGCGGUCGCUGCAGUUCUCUACGUUAUUGUUCGCUGCUUGAAUUUAAAAAGCCCAACUGGCCCUCCUGAACUCAUCUACCAGGACUCUGCUUUGGCUUGCUUUCUGCUCAAAUCCUGCCCACUUCUGACCAAAGAGUACAUUCCACCUCUGAUCUGGGGAAAGAGUGGACACAUCCAGACUGCCCUCUAUGGAAAAAUGGGGAGAGUGAGAUCACCACAUCCCUGUGGACACCGCAAGUACCUGACCAUGCCAGAUGGAGCCACAGCCACCUUUGAUCUCUUUGAGCCACAGUCUGAGCACUGCAUUGGAGAGGACGUCACGAUGGUGAUCUGCCCUGGGAUUGCCAACCACAGUGAGAAGCAGUACAUCCGCACCUUCGUGGACUAUGCCCAGAAGAAUGGCUACAGGUGUGCUGUGCUCAACCACCUGGGAGCUCUGCCAAACAUUGAGCUCACCUCUCCUCGAAUGUUCACCUAUGGUUGCACCUGGGAGUUUGGUGCCAUGGUUAAUUACAUCAAGAAGACCUACCCUCAGACCCAGCUGGUGGUGGUGGGCUUCAGCCUGGGUGGGAACAUUGUGUGCAAAUACCUGGGAGAGAACCAGGCCAACCAGGAGCGAGUCCUCUGCUGCGUCAGCGUGUGCCAGGGGUACAGUGCACUGAGGGCACACGAAACCUUCAUGCAGUGGGAUCAGUGCAGAAGAUUUUAUAACUUCCUCAUGGCAGACAACUUGAAGAAGAUCAUCCUUUCCCACAGGCACGUUCUCUUUGGAGAUAACAACAUGAAGAAGCCACAAAACCUGGCAGAUACUGAUCUGGGCAAACUCUACACAGCAACAUCCCUUAUGCAGAUCGAUGACAACAUUAUGAGGAAAUUCCAUGGCUACAGUUCCUUGAAGGAAUACUAUGAGGAAGAAAGCUGCCUGAAAUAUUUGCAUAAGAUCUAUGUUCCUCUUCUGUUGGUUAAUGCUGCUGAUGACCCUCUUGUGCAUGAGAGUCUCCUAUCAAUUCCAAGAGCUCUUUCAGAGAAAAGGGAAAAUGUCAUGCAUGUGCUGCUCCUUCAUGGAGGCCACCUGGGAUUUUUUGAGGGCUCUGUACUAUUCCCAGAACCUCUUACCUGGAUGGAUAAGCUGGUGGUACAGUAUGCCAAUGCCAUCUGCCAGUGGGAGAAGACAAAGUCUCAGUGCUCAGACACAGAGCAGGCUGUAUCUGGCCAGGAGUAAUUAACCCAAAGACUUUGGAUCACUUCAGUAUAUCUCCCCCUUUAGGAACAUCUUGUUCCUUCACCUGCUGCUUCAGGUUUCCAUUCUCCUUGAUAUCCUAUGGCUGGGGCUUAAUCACAAUGUUUUCUUCCAGAGUGGAGUUGAGCAGAGGUUGGUGUCUGCUCAGAGCAGUCACUUGGGUUUGUAAUUUACUGACUGCUCUGCUUGCAGAAUUAAAUGGUCAGUGAUUUGUUGAGCUGAGGACUGCUUGCUUUCAGAUGUCAAAUCUCUUCACCCACUGGUCCCAACCCUGUUCUGCAGUGUGUGUUUAGGUGUAGGUGAGAGGCUAAUUAUGGCUCUGUUCUGCCCUGGUGCUGAACAAAACCUGUACUAAGCCACAAGCCAGUCAGUGCUUCAGUCUAAGCCACUAAAAUGUCUCAGAGAAACCCUCAGCUUCAAGUGGAGUUUCAGCCUUGCACCAUCCCAAGGGAAGCCUUCUGGUUCCUAGGAAGCCACUUAACCAGUGAAUUAGUUUAAAACUACUUCGUUUUUCAUGCUUCAGCUGUCUGUGGGUUGGGGAAUCCAUGCUGGGACUCCAAGCAGAGAGAGGCUACAGGCUCAAUACCAUUUCAUGCUUCUGUGUAAACAUGUUUUUGCACCAAGGCCAGGUCAGUCACCUUUCUGUCACCUUUGCCUCUUUUUAAAUACAGUCAUCUCUUUAGAACUGGAUUUUUGUUUGACCCAGGGCUUCUUGAAGCUGGCUCUGAGCUCACAGAUCCUGCAGAUUCUUAAUCACUGGGAAGCCAAUCUCUUCUGAAGAAUAUUCCACAGGGAGUUGCAUCCUUUAUUAGGGAUUAAUUUGUUGGGGUGGGAGGUAUCUAUUUAGAUUCACUCCUUUUGUCAGGGUAAAUCAUACCAAAAUUCUUCCUCUUAGCUCUCAAAGCACUACCUGGUUUCAGACUUGCCUUACAGUUGGAGAGCUUCUACCCCUGGUAUCUUUGGAUGACUAUUUCCAUAUCCAUGCAGAUUCGGUAGGAUUACUGGGCUCUUCCUCACUCUAAUUCCUUCUCCACACCCAGACAUCCUCCUCUUGUUUUAGUGUGCAAGGUGAAGUGUGGAAAUGGGCUGCAGGAGAGACGCCUACUGACUUGUGCUUGUCCCUCAAGUGGCUGCUAUGAGCUGUGCCAAGAUGGUUCUGAGUGACUCUGGUCCAUCCCCUGGAAGGAAAGCUGUCCUAUGACAAUCUGGAGACUGAAGCUUUGUGGACUGAAGCUUUUUUUUUUCCUUCUUGUUUGUUGUGUCAAUAUUAUAACCUUCAUUAAUCCACCCUUAGGACUUCUUUAUCCCAGUGUCAGUGAAGUUGUUUCCUUGUCACACUUCUCAUGUCAAUUAGCACUUUAUUGCUUCAGCCUUGGUCUGUGUUCCAGGCACUUCAAUAGCUUAAGGGCAAAACAAGCUGGUAAUAGAGGGGAAGAAGCCUUCUGGACUGCCCUGUUACUGAACAUCAGGAGGUUGGAGAGGUGAGGUUUGGUUCCAAUAAAGCAAUAAUUGAUUAUUGUAGCAAAGGUGCAUUAUCACAUCAGGAAAUUCCUUGCAUUUGCCUUAGGCCAGACACCUUGGCCUGUCAGAAUGAACUGUGGAAAGCUGCACAUUCUCCUUCUAGUAAAUCCAGGUUUGCUUUCUUCCUCUCCUUCCAAGAAGAGAUGUGACCAAGUAAGGCUAAAACAAGACUUGGCCAUGCUUGUGGCUGUUCCUGAAGAACUAUUUUAGGGCACCAGUUAGCAAGGAUAUUCUUAGCUGAUGGAUAUCUUGUCUCUGUGUUGUGAUCCUCUUGCUCAUACUGCAUCUGUACAUCACUAAAACCUGUCAUAAAAGACAUUGGAGAUUUUUGCUUAAGUAGCUGUUCAUGUAAUAUUCAUUGACUAGGACUUAAAUAUCUUCUCACUUCAACAGAAGCAGAGUGUAAACAGCACUCAGACACAUCAAGCAGAUAGUGUGUAGGGGAUAUGGUUUUUAUCUCCAGUGGGUUACAACUUCAGAAGUGUUUUUGACUUUCAGAGCAUACCACAGCUGUAGCUUACACAGGUCCUGGCUGGCUGCCUUCAAAGAGCUGCCCUGCCCUUGCCUUGUGUCCUUCCUCAGCCCAGCUUUACUGUGCUGAGUGUUCAGGAACAGGAGGUGUCCUUGGUACAACACUGCUGUUGAGGUGAAGAGCCCAUCCUAUGACCCAGCAUGGAGAUGCCUAUGAAUCAGUGUAGCAUGCAUCUGACCUCCUUUGAGAGCAGAAUAUCUGCACUCCCAAGUUGAAAGCCUGACCAGGAGCAGAGGUCUCUGCCCAGCUCCCCAGGCAGCUGAAGCUCAGCCUUCAUCCCCAGGACCCCAGGCUGGCAGAAAAACUUGGUUGUUGACUGGCCCAGAAUGUGAAAGUCAGAAGGUGAGGCACAGCCUGGGUGCUGUCUGGGGAGGUUA